AUGGCGUCUCAGGAGGAGGACUCCUUCACUUGUCCAGUCUGCCUGGAGCUGAUAAGGGACCCAGUGACAACUGCCUGUGGACAUAAUUUCUGUAUGAAGUGCAUUAAGGGCUGCUGGGAUCAGGAGGACGGGAAAGGAGAAUACAGCUGCCCCCUGUGCAAACACACCUUCGACUCCAGGCCUGUCCUCCAUAAAAACCGUCUGAUGGCUGAAAUGGUGGAGAAGUUCAGGAAGACUAGAAUUCAAGCUGCUGCUACUGCUCGCUGUUAUGCUGGACCUGGAGAUGUGGCCUGCGACGUCUGCACUGGUAGAAAACGCAAAGCUGUCAACGACUGCACCGGUAGAAAACUCAAAGCUGUCAAGUCCUGUCUGGAGUGUUUAGUAUCCUACUGUGACACUCACUUGAAAGCUCAUAAUGAACUUAAUCCAGGUAGAAACCACACCAUGGUCGAUGCCACAGGCCAGCUACAGGAGAUGGUCUGUCCCCGUCAUAAAAAGGUUUUUGACAUAUUCUGCCGCACUGACCAGAGUUGCAUCUGCUAUCUGUGUAUGGUGGACGAUCAUAAAGGCCAUGACACGAUCACGGCUACGGCAGAGUGGAGUCAUAAAAAGGAGGGGUUGGGGCAGAGCCAGAGGAGAUGCCAGCAGAUAAUCCAGUUGAAGGAGAAGGAGCUGCAGGAGCUGAGGAAGGCUGUGGAGACUCUCAAGUCUGAUGCACAGACAGCAGUGGAGGAGAGUGAGAGGAUGUUUACUGAGCUGAUCCGCUCCAUUGAGAGAAGGCGCUCUGAGGUGACAAAGCUGAUCAGAGCUCAGGAGAAGGCUGAGGUGAGUCGAGCUGAAGGACUCCUGAAGCGACUGGAGCAGGAGAUUGCUGAGCUGAAGAGGACCGAUGCUGAGAUGAAGCAGCUUUCACUGACACAGGAUUCCAUUCAUUUCCUCAAGAACGUUGUGUCCAUCACUGGGAGGCCUUACAGCACAAUCUCAACCAGCGUGACUGCCAAUGUAAGGUUUUCUGUUUCAGUGUCUGAUGGCAGGGCUCUCACUGCUGAACCAGUGACCAGAGAGGACUUCUUACAGUAUUCCUGUCACUUCACUCUGGAUCCAAACACAGUACACAAAUACCUCCAUCUGUCUGAGGGGAACAGGAGGCUGGAGUGUAGAAGCGAGGCCCAGUCAUAUCCUGAUCAUCCAGACAGAUUUGAUAGGUGUUGGCAGGUGUUGUGUAGAGAGGGUGUGUCUACACGCUGCUACUGGGAGGUUGAGUGGAGUGGACAGAAUGUUGAUAUAGCAGUGUCAUAUAAAAGCAUCAGCAGGAAAGGAGAGGGUGAUGUGUGUUGCUUUGGAUGUAAUGAUCAGUCCUGGAGUCUGGCCUUCCGUAGCUCCCGCUCCUCUUUCUGGCACAAUAAUAAAAGUACUGAACUCCCUCUAGUGGCCAGCUCCAGAAUAGGAGUGUAUGUGGAUCACAGGGCAGGAACUCUGGCCUUCUACAGCAUCUCUGACACAAUGACCCUCCUGCACAGAGUCCACACCACAUUCACACACACUCUCUACCCCGGGUUUUGGGUAGGUGGUGAAUCAUCAGUGAAGCUGUUGUGA